CCGGCGCGCAGGCCCCGCGGUGACGUCACGCAGAGCGACCGCGCCGGCGCCGGGGGAAGGAGCUGCUAAGGAAUGCCCAAGAAGUUCCAGGGAGAGAACACCAAGUCGGCAGCGGCCCGGGCGCGGAGGGCUGAGGCCAAGGCAGCGGCCGAUGCGCGGAAGCAGAAGGAGCUGGAGGAUGCCUACUGGAAGGACGAGGACAAACACGUCAUGAGGAAGGAGCAGCGCAAGGAGGAGAAGGAGAAGCGGCGGCUGGAGCAGCUGGAGCGUAAGAAGGAGACGCAGCGGCUGCUGCAGGAGGAGGACUCCAAGCUCAAGGGCGGCAAGGCCCCGCGCGCCCCUGCCGCGCCCGGCAAGGUCACGCGCGCCCAGAUCGAGGACACGCUGCGCCGCGACCAGCAGCAGCAGCAGCACCGCGAGGAGCCAGCCGAGAAAGCCAAGAGCCACCUGGAGGUGCCCCUAGAGGAGAACCUGAACCGCCGCGCGUCGGAGGAGGGCCGCGUGGAGGCGCGCACCAUCGAGGACGCCAUCGCCGUGCUCAGCGUGGCGGAGGAGGCCGACCGGCACCCCGAGCGCCGCAUGCGAGCGGCCUUCGCCGCCUUCGAAGAGGUCCAGCUGCCCCGACUGAAGCAGGAGAACCCCAACAUGCGGCUGUCCCAGCUGAAGCAGCUGCUGAAAAAGGAAUGGCUGCGCUCCCCGGACAACCCCAUGAACCAGCGGGCGCUGCCCUUCAACGCCCCUAAGUGAGCGGAGCCGGGGCGCCGCCCCGCGGCCCAGCCUCCACCCCGCCCCGCGCCCUCCGGCCGGCCGGCUCCCAGGACUGUGGAGUUCGGGGCCCCUGGCCCCUUCCGGGGCCCGCGCCAGCACCACCGCCCCCUCCCGCCGGAGGGUCCGCUCCGUGACCCUGUCCCCGUGUGCACGCGCCUAGAGCCCCGGAGCCGAGCUCCCAAUAAAGCGGUGGACAAGG